CAACUCAACCACACCCUUAAAAAAGGCAAGCAAAGCCCCAUACCAAGCACACGCACCUCUCUGCUUUUUAGUUUCCUCUACAACUCUUCCUCUCUGCAGCUGCUCAUACCAUCAUCCUUCCUAGUCAGACACAAGAACACGAGCAGGGGGAGUUUCUUCCAUGGCGGUGGCCACGGAGACUCCGUUCCACGUCCUGGCCGUGGACGACAGCCUCCCAGACAGGAAGCUCAUCGAGAGGCUCCUCAAGACCUCUUCAUUCCACGUCACCACUGUCGAUUCCGGGAGCAAGGCUCUCGAGUUCCUGGGGAUCCAUGGCGAGGACAGCAGCCCAGUUUCUGUUCAUGCGGAUCAGCUGGAGGUUGCGGUGAAUCUGAUAAUCACAGACUACUGCAUGCCUGGCAUGACAGGAUAUGAUCUGCUCAAGAAGAUCAAGGAAUCAUCGUCUCUAAGAGAUAUCCCUGUGGUGAUCAUGUCGUCCGAGAACAUUCCUUCAAGGAUCAAUAGAUGCCUGGAAGAAGGAGCGGACGAGUUUUUCCUAAAACCAGUGAGGCUAUCAGACAUGAGCAAGCUGAAGCCCCACAUACUGAAAAGCAGAUGCAAGGAGCACUACCAGGAACAGCACCAGCAAAGCGACAGCAACAGCAACGAAUGCAGUAACCCCACAAACGACAGCAGCAGCAGCGAUAACAGCAGCAGCCGCAAGAGAAAGGCAGAAGACAACGAAGUUUUGCCCCAGACAAACAGAUUAAGGCACAGUUAGUUAGCUGCAAACUGAUUAUAGGAAGAAUUAGCCCCCUUUUUUCUCCCUUUAUUCUUUGUUUUACUUAGCUUUUGGCAAGCUAAUUUGUAACACAGAUGUUAGCCCUUGAUUUGCAAAAUAUAAUGGAACCCGUAAACCGGAUA